AUGGACGCCAAGAAUCCCUUCCACGGCUACGAGGAGUCCCUCCCCGUGCUGUCUCGGCCACCACCGGCGACGCCAUGGCCGGCGAGCGAUCCGAACCCCCACAUGGACCCUUAUACCGCUGCUCCUCAACCCGCCACUCUCACCGCGACAGACUCCCCCACCACAGAACCGACCGCACCGCCUCUAAAGCAAGAGCCAGCCUCAGCGCCCAUCUCGAAAACACCCCCCACCCCGGUGACGAAUACUGCUGGUGACCAAAAUGCCUCAAAAGUCCGCAAGCCUCGCAAGGCCACCAAUACAUCGGGGAAGUCUACGCUGUUCUGGGUCAACACGGACCCGGAGUCCGCGUCCACGGGAACUAAGGAGGAGACAUUGAAGCGCAUUCGAUCGCAUGUCAUGUCAGAACAUAACCGGAAGAAGCGUUUGGAAAAUACGAAACGAUACAAAGGCAAAACAUUCAAGCAUCUCCCGUUCAAUCCACCAGAACAAGUCCCGGGAGGCGUGGGACCGCCUCGACCUCCGGUACUCUCGCCCUCACCCUCGUCCUCGAAUGUGAGCUCCAACCCUAGCCGCAGAGUCUCAUAUGAAGGGGAAGGAGAAGAAGAGACAGGCCAGGAAUUGGUUCCCGCAACUCAAGUCGUAGGGUAUCACACGCCUGCCACGUCCUCAGAGUUGUGGGAGAAUUCCAGCUUUGAUGGGACCGUCAAUUAUCAGAGUAGGCUGGCAGUGCCACAAGUAUGGAGUCUUUUGGGACAGGGAGCUUAUGAUCCGUUUGAUACUGGUCAUACAAAGCUUACAGACCGCAUGAUGCGGCAUUUGCAGAAUUUCCUCUGGGAUUUGACGCAAGAGGCACACCCAUUACAGAGACGAUAUAAGCCCAAGCUGCAAGCGCAUUGGGCCUCCUUGAUUCAGCGGGACCCCGCUAUCUUACAUGCGACGAUCUGCAUGUCUACUUCCAACGCGGCUAUGCAGAGAGGCGAGCUGCCCCUGAUGGACCCAGACGCAAACGUUAUGCGCCCUCCUCUUGUGGUUGAUACGAUGCAUCAUCGUGGUGAGACUAUUCGUCUAGUGAACGAGGGGUUAUCGGAUCCCGUCAAAGCCGCCAGUGAUGAGCUUAUUGCUGCCGUGUCAACGUUAUUGACAAUUGAAAUUGCGUCGGGCAAUGCCGACUAUAUGAAGAUUCAUUUGGCUGGUUUGCGCCAGAUGAUAGGACUGCGCAAAAACUUUGCGGAUGUUCCAUCAGAUAUCCGCUUCCAAAUCUCAUGGACCGAUAUUCGGGUCGCUUGCAUGAGAAUGGAGAGGCCUAUAUUUCCAUUUGUCCGAUCUACGCGCCCAGCAGGUUUCACUCUCCUCCCGCCUACUGAUGAUGCUGCAUUGAUUGCGACCCGUUUGGUUCCCCUGAUUGAAGUUUCCGGCAUCUUCAGUGAGACAUUCGCGCAAAUAAUCUAUGACCUUCUCGAACUCUGCUGGUAUGCAGAAUGGGUCAAGGGUAACAAUGGGUACAAAGAGUUCAGCGAUGAAACCGAAGAUUAUUUCAACUUCGAAGUACUCUCUGUAGAGUACUCCUUGCACCUAGACCGAUGGCUUCCUACGGGCGAAGCCAAGGGCGACAACUCCAUCGAAGGCUGCUGCCGCCUAGCUUGUCUUUGCUUCCACAAUAGCGCCAUUUGGAGCUUCUAUCCUAUGAUAGCCCCGCUACUCCCAAUGCCUAUCUUAUGCCUCCGCUCUGCCCUGGAAGCAACCAUCUCGUCCGGACUGUUCGCACUCUGUCGUGACUUGCUGAUCUGGUUGCUUUUCAUCGGUGCGUCAUGCAGCCAAGUCAUGCCUGCCGAGCGCAAUUACUUUGUGACUGAACUAGCGGCCGCCACGCGACUACACGGCGUGACUUCCUGGCAGGAAUGUCGGACAAUUCUUCUAGGAUUUUUUUAUGUUGAUCGUGUCCACCUUACUAUGCUUCGCCAAAUCUGGCAGGAGGUCCGGGUGCAACAAGUGCAGUCACCCGAUCUGUGA